CUACAAAUGUUUGUGUUGCGAAGUCAAAGUCUUUUAACCUUAUUAUCGCAAACCAUUUGAAAAAACACAAUUGUGUAUUGUGUGCUCUAUUCAAGUGUUGAGUUGUUUAGUUUGUUGGUGAUUUUAACGACAACAUCACGAAUCAAGUAUUGUAUUCGGAAAAAGAAAAUUGUCGAAAAUGUCAUCGAGCGAUCAGUUGAGAUUUGAUGGUCGUGUGGCCAUUGUUACGGGCGCCGGUGCUGGUUUGGGCCGCGAAUAUGCGCUGUUGUUUGCUGAACGAGGAGCAAAGGUUGUUGUCAACGAUUUAGGUGGCAGCACAUCGGGUGAAGGUUCAAGUAAAGCAGCCGAUGUUGUUGUCAAUGAGAUUCGAGCGAAAGGCGGUGUUGCAUGUGCAAAUUAUGAUUCGGUGACAGAUGGCGAGAAAAUCAUUAAAACGGCCAUGGAUAAUUUUGGCCGUGUUGACAUUUUAGUGAAUAAUGCCGGUAUACUGAGAGAUAGAAGCUUUGCGAAAAUUUCGCCACAAGAUUUGAACAUCAUUCUCGAUGUUCAUUUCCGGGGAAGCUUUAGCACAACACAAGCGGCAUGGCCGAUAUUCAAGAAACAGAAUUACGGCCGCAUUAUUAUGACCACGAGUAAUUCGGGCAUUUAUGGAAACUUUGGGCAGGCAAAUUACAGCGCCGCUAAAAUGGCUCUCGUUGGUCUCGCCAAUACACUGGCCAUCGAAGGUGAUCGAAAUAACAUUCAUUGCAAUUGCAUCGUUCCAACAGCCGCAUCACGUCUCACUCAGGAUGUGUUACCCGAAAUUUUGUACAAUGAAUUGAAACCAAAAUUAAUUGCACCAGUUGUCGCUUUCCUGUGUCAUGAGUCCAGCACAGACAACGGUGCGAUCAUUGAAUCAGCAGCCGGGUGGGCAACCAAGUUGCAUACGGUGCGUGGAAAAGGAGCUAUUCUACGUACAUCACUAGCGGAAGAUGUGACACCUGAAAAGGUUCGUGAUGCAUGGGACCAAGUGACCGAUAUGUCAAAAGCUGAACGAAUGAGUUCCAUAACCGAGGCCACUGGAAGUCUAGUUGAGCUUCUUGAUCAGCUCGAUGGUGGCCAAAAUGCAGACCAGGCACAAGGCGACUCAAAAUAUGAAGACCAAUUUGCAUUUGGCAACAAAGAUUUGAUUCUAUACGCCCUUGGUGUGGGUGCCAGUGUGAAAGAUUCGAUCGAUUUGAAAUUCUUGUAUGAAAACCAUCCGGAAUUUUCACCUCUGCCAACCUAUUUCAUUAUGCCGGCUUUGCUGUUGACAAUGUCAACAAACUUGGUGUCAUCAGCAAUUACACACACCGAAUUCGAUUUGUCACAAGUUUUGCAUGGUGAACAAUACCUUGAAGUGUACGAUGAAUUGCCAACGGAGGGAAAAGUUUCGACAAAUGGAUCGAUUGUCGAUGUUAUUGAUAAAAAAUCUGGAGCCGUUGUUGUUGUCAAUUGUGAAUCGCAUGAUUCAACGGGAAAAUUACUGUUUAAGAAUCAAUUGUCAACGUUUAUUGUGGGUGCCGGAAACUUUGGUGGCAAAACAAAGGCAUCCGAUGAGGUGAAGCCAAUUGUACCAGCACCAAAUCGUCCAUGCGAUGCAUCCGUCAAAUACACGACUAGCAUCGACCAAGCAGCAUUAUACCGAUUGUCGGGAGACUUAAAUCCACUCCACAUUGAUCCAGAGUUUGCUAAAUUGGGUGGACACAAAGUGCCAAUUAUGCAUGGCUUGUGUACGUUAGGCUUUUCCGUUCGAGCCAUUCUAGCAACGUAUGCCGAUAAUGAUGCCAACCUAUUCAAGGCAGUAAAAGCACGUUUUACAAAACCAUCGAUACCAGGCCAGACACUUGAAAUUCAAAUGUGGCAGAAUGGUAAUCGCAUCCAUUUCAAAACCAUCAUUGUUGACUCAGACGUCGAAGUGAUUACCGGCGCUUACGUUGACUUGAAAGAAAUUAAAAAAUCCAAGACCACUUCAACAGCAACAACAGCACCCACGUCAUCGGUUCAAUUAAAAAGCGACAUUAUUUUCACCACAAUUAACGAGCGCAUACAAGAAAAUGUGGCGAAAGCAAAGUCGGUGAAUGGAAUAUUCCUGUAUAACAUUACGAAGGAUGGACAAAUCGCUAAAAAAUGGACUAUCGAUUUGAAGAGUGCAAAACUGUAUGAAGGUCCACCGAAGGGUGUCAACGCCGACACAACGCUCACUGUCAGCGACGAUGAUUUUGUAGAAAUUGCACUCGGCAAAAUCAAUCCACAACUCGCAUUUAUGAAAGGAAAACUUAAAAUCGCUGGAAAUGUUAUGUUGACACAAAAGUUGGUGCCCUUGCUGAAAACCGGGCCAAAACUUUAGAAACGGCACAUCCAUUUGCAUUCGAUUUGUUAUUUAAGACACAUUCCAAUACAGAGCAGUGGUGUCAUCAAAGAAUCAUGAAAUUGUGUUUAAAUGGAUUUUGAUUUAUUUUUUUGAUGAAGGGGGUGUGUUUCACACAAUGGCAUUUCACAGGGUCCGACAUGAAUAUCUAUAGAGAAUAAGACAUUUUAUAACUUGUUUUUCUUACGAAUUCUAAAUUCAAAUCCAAAUACUUUCGAUUCAUACAUAGUGUUGUAGUUCAUGCGGGGUUUUUUUCUUGUUAAUUUGGGUGAUAAUGUAGAUAAGUAAGUAAACGCAAACAAAGUGGUGCUUUAAAUCAAAACUACAACUUGUCAUUUAUUUGUUUUCUGGAAAUAAAACAAAAGACCAAUUA